UACACAAACUCAGUAAUGUGGACUUACUUUUAAGCCAAACGUCAAGAAAGUUGGUUCAGUUACAAUUGCAGGUUGAUAAAUAACGAAUAAAGCCAACAUGGAAGCAGCAUUUCUUUACAUUAAAUCUGCAAUUUUCCCGAUAAAUCUUGAAUUAUUGAAGUUGAAAGUCAUUUACUUUCUUUUCUACUCGUCAUUGUUUUCAUCGAUGCCUUACGUCUCCAUCAUCUCUACCCAAAUCGUCAAUUAUCAGCAAUUGUCUAUCAUCUUUUCCUGUGCUACAGUUAUUUCAACAGUGGGACCCAUCGUCACAGGAUUCGUGGCAGACAAAUUGGGCAUUUACAAGCCGAUUAUAAUCACAGCUGGGUUCAUUAUGGGAUUCAUUCAAUUACCGAUCCUCUGGCUAGAGUCAGCGCACAAAAUCCAUGUAGCUGAACGUAACGAGACCGUUCAAUUGGCUGGAAACGCAACAUUGGCACCCAGCUCUAACGCCGCCGUGCCACGGGACUAUAUUUUCCCCAUUUUAUUGAUGAUUCGCAUUUUUGGUUUUAUAUUUAUGGAUGCCGCUCUGACGCUUCUAGAUGCUGCAGGCUUGGCAAUGACGAAAAAGCACCAAGGAGACUUUGCCAAGCAAAAGACGGCAGGCUUUCUGAGUAUGAUUUUUAUUCCGAUACUAUGCGGGCUGUUGAUUGACGCUAUUUCAGAUAAAUUAGGCUACAAAGAUUACUCAAUUGCGUUCUACAUUGGCGCAGGAUUUAUCGUGAUUCUUAUGCCGAUACUGUACAGAAUGGAAGUCGAAGUUCAAAUGAACAAGCAAUCCAUCAUUUCAACAGCCAAAAAAGUUGUCGGGAUGAUCGACGUUGACGUUUUCCUUCUUGCCGAAAUCUUCGUGGGUUUUUGUAUGGGAUUUCAUAUGACAUUUCUCAGCGUCUACGUCGAUGCUGAGCUGAUUGCAUCUAAAACUCUAUACGGACUGGCUUCCAGCUGUGGUGGAAUCAGUGCCGUGAUUUCGUUAUCUGUUGCAAAACCGAUUAUCGAUCGGUUGGGUGAGGCAAAUACGUUAGUAUUCGGAUUGGCGCUCUACUCCGUUCGAUUCGUCAUUUUUUACUUUUUACAAAAUCCUUGGAUACUUAUUGUAACGGAAUCAUUAGAAGGAUUCUGUGGAUUUCUCGGCAUUACAACAGGCAGCUACUUUUGUGCAGCGGCUGCUCCACCAGGAAUGCUGGCAUCCCUUAAUGGGAUUCUGGCUGCAGCUACAUUUGGUCUUGGUAGAGGACUCGGCACAGCUGUUGGAAGUAUCCUUAUAUCGUCGUAUGGAAUUCGAUCGACGUAUCUGCUGUUUAGCAUUCUAUCUGGGUCCAUAGCCAUUCUUUACCUGACCGCCUACCACCUGGUUUUGAAAAAGAUGGAACGUCGAAGGCUGGCGUUGACUCAGCCGGAACGAGGUGAAGUGACAGUUGCAAAUGUGAAUGGGGAUUCCAGUAAAGGCGAUUUUGAAGCCACAGUUCUCUAGGAAAAAAAUGGUUUCUUGACAGGGUGCUGGCACAUGUCAUGUCAACCCCGUCUAGGUUAACUUGAAAGUUGGGAACGAUUGAGUUAGAGACGACUUUUUUUUUUAAGUUAGAAAUGUAUUGUUCGGACGAUACACUAUACAGGCCAACAUACAGGAGUGGACAAUAUAUGGGAGCGCGCCAGCUUAUUACAAACACAAAAACAUACGAUAUAUAGCGAGACGGACCACAGAAGGACGUGGAUUCUAGCCGCAAGCAGAGUCAGCCCAUUAGAGUCCGAAUUUUGCUGUUUAAUGUACUGUAAUUUACAGCAGUCCAGGCCAUCCUCGUAUCUUCUCAACCAGUCAACAAUGACGCUGCUGCUUUGCUCGGCUUGCCGAAAAUCUCACAUCGUCCUGAUUUUAAUAUCAUAUACUUGAUGAUGUUCUAUGUACCAAACGCCCAUGGACAAUCGUGUGGCUUUGUUUGUUUCCUUUCCGUACACGGACACUUGUUUUUUUUUUUUUUUUUUUUUGAAUUUUUUUAACUAGCAGUACCAAAUUAUAGUGUGUUUUACAAAUGGCUGAAAGAGUCGGGAUUGGAACGAGAUCCAGAAUGUCAUCAGUGUCAAGUCCAGCAAGGACACAAUUAACCAAUCAGUGUCUUAUAGUAUUAUUUCAAACAAAAAUGCCGAUCAAUUUUCAAUCUAGACAAAAUAGUAAUAAACGCGUGACCGAUU